AUGGACAAUCAAACUACUGUGAGUGAAUUCUUUCUCAUGGGAGUCUCCAGGAAUCGGAAACUGCAGAUUUUACACUUUGUGGUCUUUCUGGCUAUUUACCUAGCUGCUCUCAUGGGGAAUCUUCUCAUCAUCACAACCAUAAGUCUUCACCACCACCUGCACACUCCCAUGUACUUCUUCCUGAAAAACCUAUCCUUCUUGGAUAUUUGCUUCAUUUCAGUCACCAUCCCCAAGUGCUUCAUCAACUCGCUCAUAAACAGCUGGGCUAUUUCUUUCCAAGGAUGUGUAGCUCAAUUGUUUUUAUUUCUUUCAUUCAUAGAGACAGAGCUUUUGUUCCUCACCAUUAUGGCUUAUGACCGUUACAUUGCCAUCUGCAACCCUCUGAAUUAUACAGUAAUUGUGAACAAGACAGCAUGCUGCAAGCUAGCAUGUGGAUCAUGGCUGGGUGGUGGUGUCUAUUCUGCUUUGAACACUGCUAGCACAUUUUCACUACCCUUCUGUGGGUCCCUUAUCAACCAGUUCUUUUGCGUUAUUCCCCCAUUACUGAAACUGUCUUGCUCCCAUCCUAACGUCGGUGAGACUGUUCUGAUUGCAUUUGGUGUAUGUGUAGCUUUAUGCUGCUUUGCUUUCAUAACCGUGUCUUAUAUUCACAUUUUCUCUGCUGUGCUAAAAAUCCCUUCGGUGGAGGGGCGUCACAAAGCUUUCUCCACCUGCCUGCCUUACCUCACAGUUGUCAUGUUAUUCCUUGGUACCGGCAUCUUUUCAUACAUGAUGCCAACUUCUGCCUCUGCAUUCGAACAGUACCUGGUGGCUGUGUUUUAUUCUGUGGUGCCCCCAUUGAUUAAUUCCAUCAUCUAUAGUUUGAGAAACCAGGAGAUAAAAAUGGCUCUUGGAAGAGUUUUAAGGAAGAUUCUCCCUCAGAGGAAAGCAAUGGACACCCCUUUCUGA